ACGUUCCUGCUUCAUUUUUUUCUCGUGAAAUAAAAUGCGAGGCCAUGGAAAUUUGGGGCGCAAUUUUCGAAUUUCGCGCCUGGGACUUUUGGUUGCAAGUGUUUGGCGGCACUGGAACGCUUGUACGGUCACGUGAUCUGUCAGAAUUUGAGUAUGUUUUGAAUCCGUCGCGUUUUUAUAGGAAAAGUUUCACUUUUGUUUUGUACCAUGUCGUAUUCUGAUAAAGGUACGAACAUUUACGCACCCCAUACAAUUAUUAAAACCACUGUUGACUGAACGGUGAUGGAAAUUGCAUUGUUAAACUGUGAUUUACGGUGGCUUCUUUGGUGUGGCUGGUUAAAUUUUUGAAUAUUGUCCAACACAAACUAAGCGAUUUUAAAUCUGUAACCCCCCACGAAAUUGUGCCCAGUAUCUAAACUACCCUAAUGCACAAAUAACGACGUUAAUGACGAAUUAUACUUUAGGAUAUUUCAAAAAUGUUAGACAAAAUUGUGGCAUAUUUUCAGGUGAAGAUGCGGAGACCGCACUCGUCGAGAGUCUCGCAAUGGAAGGUGCAAUCACGGAUGCUAAUCUCGCAGGGCUCACCACCAACGACUUGCAUGCUUUGUCACAAUUGUCCCAAGAAUUGACUCUAACUGCUGAUGAUAUGGAGACCGAGGAAUCCCUCGUUUCCGAGUCGGAGGUGGUGGUGGAUGCUCAAGAAGAAAUUGAACAUGAAGAAGAAGUGGUCGUACAAACCGAACUCGGGGCAGAGGAAAUCGAAAUCGAGACGGAAACAGCCGAAGACGGUACCGUGGCAGUUACCACUCCCUCUGGUACCAUGACGCUCAGCACCAUGGUUGAGGAGUCGAACAAGAGGUCCGGCAGUGCCGUACCGCCCCUCAGGCCACUGACGAUUGCCCCAAAGCCUCAGAAGAUUCCCGUGACCGCCGUUAAACCACUUGCCGGGCAACAAUUGUUAUUGCUUCAAGGAACUGGUACUGGACAAGCAAUAAAGUUAGUUUCACCGCAAGGACAGGAGUUAAACUUGGCUAACUUGGCUCUGAGCAGACCUUUAACAAUUAAACCUGCAAUUAAAACCAUAACUUCACAAGGAAACAUAUCCUUGGUUCAACCAAAGCCUGUUGUUAUGAAAAAAAUUUUAACUCAAGGACAAAAAAUACAAAAACCCUUACAAACAAUUCAAAACAAACAAGGACAACAAUAUAUGGUGGUUCAAAAAUCUGGAGAACCAGGACAACAGAUGAAAUUAAUUCAAGGGACUAGUAUUCAAACAAUACCAAGUCCUACAAAAACAAUUACCCUGCAACAAGCUCAAGAAAUGGGUUUGUUGUCUCCCAAAAUGUUACCACAAACUACAACCACUACCACCCAAAAACACACAGUGUUAAUCAAUAAAAAUCCACAGAAAACUAUUAAAAUUAUGCCGCAAACAACACAAAUGAUUACAGGUAAUAAAACGAUAUCUUUGAAAUCGCCUACGAAAAUAUUACCAGCGACAAGUUUAACUACAAACAAAGCCCAACAAAGAAUAAUCUUCAAAUCGACCACUGGAGGACAAACUGUCUUACCACCAGGGCAAAUCAUACAACUAACUGGAAAUCAAAGCAUCAACAGUGGUCAAUUGCAUCAAAUCAAUAUUCCAGGCAAAGGAAUGCAGUACAUUAAAUUCGUUACGAGUACGGCAGAUGCAAAUACGACGUUGAAUACUGUCAAAACUACAACCCAAAGUGUAACACCUAAUCACAUGGUGUUGUCAGAGAUAAAACCGGUUCUAGCACCGAAAACAGUGAAAACAGUACCGCAAAAACUAAGCAUGACAGCGAGCCAACAACCGGUGAUGAUCACGUAUCCAAUCCCUCAAGGUACCGCAACCAAAGUCGCGAUUCCGCAGAGACAUUCCGGACCCGUGCAGACGGCGUCCACGCCCGCACCAAAGCCUACGCCCGUGUUAAUCGAUGGCACAACCCCCGCCCAGACGGACGGUAAUCUGGAAUCGAAUGGCAUCAGGCCGAGAAAACCAUGCAAUUGUACGAAGUCGCAGUGCCUAAAAUUGUACUGCGACUGUUUUGCAAACGGGGAGUUUUGUUACAUGUGCAACUGUAUGAAUUGCUACAACAAUUUGGACAACGAGGAUCACAGACAAAGGGCGAUCAAAGCCUGUUUGGAGAGGAACCCACAUGCCUUCAGGCCAAAAAUUGGCAAGGCAAAAGAUACCGCAGGAGAAAUGGCCGUCAGGAAGCACACGAAAGGUUGUAACUGCAAGAGAUCUGGGUGCUUGAAGAAUUAUUGCGAAUGUUACGAGGCGAAGAUCGCCUGCAGUAAUAAUUGCAAGUGCGUGGGAUGCAGGAACAUUGAAGACACGAUGGAGAAGAAGAACAUUAGAAUUUCUAGUAUUAUGGACAAUAUGAGCACCUCACCUCCAUUAGGUAAAAGUAUUCCUAAUAGAGAACUUGGACAAUUUAGGCCAAGAAGAAGUUCAAAUAGCGGUAAACAACCAACUAAUUACAUAACGGAUGAUGUAAUAGAAGCGACGUGUCAGUGCUUACUAACGAUAUCGGACAGUGCAGAAAACAACAUGCAAGAUGAAGAAGUGACAAAGGCGCAGAUAAUCGAAGAAUUUGGACGGUGUUUAACCGAAAUCAUAGAAUGUUCGAGCAGUCGAAACCUGAAUUAACUGUUGAUUUUAAAGUGUGUUGUACAUUGUGUCGCAUGGCGUUUUUAUUAAAGCGUAUCCGCUUUUUGAUUUGUUGUUUUUAUGGUGUGUAUUUGAUUAUACAGAGAAUAUAUUAUAAUAUAUUUAAAUUA